AUGGCUGAUAAGCCACUGAGUUUGGCUGAAUAUAUGUCUUAUAUUGAAGCCACCACGAGUUUGAGAUGUUUGAUCGACGGAGAGGAAGUCCUCAAUGCUGGCCCCAUUGUAUUACAUGGUCGAACUGAUUGCAGCCCAACAUCAAUUAAAAUAUGUGCAGUUUGCCUGCAAUCUAGUGCAUUGCAGACCCAUCCACACCAAAUUAUUGGUGAACUGAAAAUUUCUAAUGGUGCAGCUAAAAUUUUCAAGAUGCAUUGUAGGAAAAAUCUAUCUGAAUUGAAAGACAUUUCCAAAACGCAGUUAAACUGCAUUUGGACAGAUUCCAAGAAAUCCGUUAAGCAGAAAUAUAAGGCAACCUGUGUUAGAGAAAUGCCCUGUAUCAAACCUAAACUAGGGAUGAAUGUACCUGUUAACAUGAAUGAUGAUUUGAGGAAAACAGUAUUGGAGUCCUUUAUGAAAAAACUCCCCAAUUCAGCAAUUGCAAAGCAUUCCAAAGGACGUCAUAGCGAUAACAGUGCAAAGUCUGGUGCAAAUGUAGUUGCACUAGACAAAAAUAUUGCCAUGACAUCAGAAUUUGUGAAGAUUCUAGACAAUGCUGCCCAAUCUGUUAUAAUGAUGCAAAUACAUUUUAUGCCUUCUCUGUUCUCUUUCGCUUGUUGUGAGGGUGUUUUUUGUAACAUCUUGAAUGAGUCAGCAAGUAGUAAAGCUUCCAUUGAAGAAACUCUUCCAUCAUGUGGCUAUUUGAAAAAAGAAAACGGUGUGUAUCAGUUGAAGAAGAAACAUAAAUACGUAAGUAAAGUGUUGUAUGCAUCAUUUGACAUGUCUUUGAUCAUAAUAGAAAUUGAUUUUGAUUUUGAAUUUGCCUUGGAAAUGCUAACCAAAGUUGAAAGAAAUUAUUUUUCAUAA